GCGAGGGGUGUGUGCGGUGUGGAAAAACAGGCGCAUGCGCUCCGCGGGCGCCCGGACACGGGCGUCAGACCGCAGCGGUUGCAGAUUUUUGCUGUCAGAUAGAGGCGAGCGCUAUGAGAGACGAGGGACGUUGAGUCCGGACGGCGGUGCAGAGAGCUCGGGGAACCGUACCUCGGUGGGGGUGAAACGGUGGAGCAACCAGAUGCAAUUCGCCCCUCUUCUCACUGGUCCCAGUAUUCCAUUUGUUGCUGUAUUUUUUCUGGAGAAACGCUGCGGAGAAAGACCGGAUCUAUAUGGGAUUAAAAUGACACUCCCGUGAUUCUUUUAUUAUUAUUUCACGACGAUGGAAAACCAUAACUGAAGCAGGGGCCGGAUACGCGUGUGAAUCCGAAGUGAUGAGAGAGGAAACCGACGCCGACCGCGUUAUUGGUGCCAUCCUUCAGGUUUGUGGGGCUGGGUUUGGGGUCGGUCUCUCCUGCCGUCGUUCUCUCGCCGGUGUCGGGCUAUAAUGGAAAGCGCCAAUGGCUCUGGCAACGACACCAAGCCGCAAAACCACCAGUUGGAAAAGAAGAGGUUAAACCGUGCACCGUCUCCAGUUAGACCGUUCCUGAAGGAUGUCCACUCACGGGCGCCCAAACCUCCCGCGAUCGUACCGAAAUCGCCCAAAUUUAACAAGCAGCAGCCGUCCGGUGUAUCGUUGGCCACUCAGAGCCGCGCCUCAAGGCGCACGUUUACCGGAGCAAAGGAAAAAACGACCCCGGCAAAAAGUAACACCAAAUCGCACGCAACGAAGAAGGCCGCUAAGGUCACUCAGCAUGCAGCAACGGUGCCAAAAACCGCCAGCAAAGUGGCCGAGGCCACUUCACACCUCACCAAAAGCAAAAGGGGGAAACUGACCCCCCUCUCGCGCAGUCCUCUCAGCCACGGAUCCCCAAUACGUGUUCCAACCGCUGCCACCCUCGGCAGGCUCGGUCAGACGGACAGCAGCUCGGAUUUGUCCGACUGUGCCUCGGAAGCGCUCUCCGACGAGCAAAGACUCGCUCAAGCCGCCAGCAGCGAUGCCGAGUCGGGCACCGGGUCCGGUUCAAGCGACCGGGACCCGGCGGCCGCAGAUAAGCCGCUGCACGCCGCGUCAACCUCGCAGGCGAGCGAAGGCGCAGUUGUUCGGAUGCGCGCCGCGGCGACGGCGACGGGGGGGAUAUCGGGGGCAUCGUCUGUGCGCGGGCAGCCCGGCACGGGCACACCGACGGAGAAACGCGCACUGGAAAAGCUCAACGCGGAGGGCAGCAAAUAUCUAAUAGAGGAAGAUUUGUUAAGGGAAAUCGAAGAAUUGCGCUCAGAAAAUGACUACCUCAAGGAUGAGAUGGAGGAGUUGCGCGCUGAGAUGGAGGAGAUCAGGGACAGCUACCUGGAUGAGGAGGUUUACCAGCUGCAGGAGCUGCGCAGGGAGUUGGACCGCGCCAACAAGAACUGUCGCAUCCUCCAGUACCGGCUGCGCAAAGCCGAGCAGAGAAGCCUGCGCACGGCCCAGACCGGACACGUGGACGGAGAGCUGCUCCGCACCCUCGAGCAAGACCUGAAGGUGGCCAAAGACGUGUCGGUGCGCCUGCACCACGAGCUGGAGAAUGUGGAAGACAAGCGCUCGCGCGCUGAGGACGAGAACGAGAUGCUCAGGCAGAAAAUCAUCCAGGUGGAGAUCUCCAAGCAGGCCCUGCACAACGAGCUGGAGCGCGCCAGAGAGAUGGCACUGCGGAGACGUGGGGGCAGGGAGACCUUCAAGGACAAGAAAUCUCUCACUCAGGAGGACAGUGCAGACCUACGCUGCCAGCUGCAGUUCGCUAAGGAGGAGUCAGCGCUGAUGCGCAAGAAGAUGGCGAAGUUGGGCCGGGAGAAGGACGAGGCGGAACAGGAGCUGCAGAAGUACCGCUCCACCUACGGGGACGUGGAGAGCCCGCCGGCCCUGCCGGAGGUGCCGGGCGGGGGGCCGCACAGCACGCGGGAGGCCGAGCUGCGCCUGCGCCUCAAGCUGGUGGAGGAGGAGGCCAAUAUCCUGGGCCGCAAGAUCGUGGAGCUGGAGGUGGAGAACCGGGGCCUGCGGGCGGAGAACGAGGACCUGCGCUGCCAGUACGAGCGUGACUGCUUCGGCCGCGAGCCCUUCUCCAGCGUGCCCACCUCACCGUACAGUGCCGAUGCGCCCGAGUCGGCCGGCGAGCUGCGCCGUCACCUGCAGUUUGUGGAGGAGGAGGCGGAGCUUCUGCGCCGCUCCGUCUCCGAGAUGGAGGACCACAACCGGCAGCUGACCACCGAGCUGAACCGCUUCAAGUUCGGACCGGGGACGGGCGACGGGGGCGAGUCUGAGGGGCCUGAGGGGGCCGGCGUGGCAGGGGGCAGGGGGAGCCCGGCCUCGCCGGCGGGACCUCUGCAGGAAGAGCUGAAGGCGGCCCGGGUGCAGAUCGACGAGCUGAGCGGGAAGGUGCUGAAGCUGCAGUGCGAGAACCGCGUGCUGAUCUCCAACAUGCAACGGCGCGACCUGGCGGCGCACCUGGGCCCACGCUCGGCCAGCCCCCGCGACAGCGAUGCUGACGAGGAGGAGGCUGGCAGGACGCUGGCGCUCCACCCCAAGCGGGAGGGGCCCGUGGGCGGCGAGAGCGACUCCGAGGACGUCUUGGAGAAGACGGCCACCUCGGGGUUCGGGAGCGGCGGGAAGUCUUCAGACGCCGGCGAGCCCGGGGGGGCGGAGCCGGCGCAGCGCCGGCGGGAGGACCGCGAGAUGCUUGUCGCGAUCAGACGGGAGGCGGAGCGGCUCGGGAAAACGGUGGAACGGCUCGUCGUGGACACGCACAGCCUGAUCUGCGAGGGGCACCUGGUUGCGACCGGGGCAGAGUCCGUCGGGUUGGGCUCUGACUUCCGGGGCGAUGGAGACCCGGCCGAACCCAAACCCGACUCCCAGGUGCUGGACGUCAUCAACGGCCGCAUGCAGGUGCUCCGCGCGGAGCUCCACACCUUCAUGGAGAAAGUAGACCACCUGGGCGAUGGCCUGCGGGAGCACGGCGACGACCUUUCACCCAUGCCCAACCUCACCGAGUCCAGCAGUUUCCUGUCCACCAUGACCUCCAUGUCCCGUGACUCACCCAUCGGCACUCUGGGAAGGGACCUGGUGACAGACUUCCAGUCCGGUCGGAGGCAGGAGCUGGAAUGGUCCCUGAGCUGGCCGUCCGGCUCGGAGUCCCUGGGACCCACCGCGCCCAGGGGAGCCCCUGCACUCAGUAGAUACGCCAGGUCCCACGGUGGCAGACCCGAGUUUCGGGACGUGGGCCUUCCAGAUGUGGGCACCCCUUCCAGGGAGGUGCAGCUCUGUGUUGACCCCGAGAGGAGACAGCGGGUGGGGCAGGACAGCUUGCCUGCCUCCGUCGCUCAGGAGGAGGACAGGAGGCGUGCAGAGGCGCGGCAAGGCCUGGACCUGCAGGGUCUGCAGCCGAGCGAGCCGUCAUGGCCACAGGAGCGAGCUCAGCUGCAGCAGGAGGUUCGGCUCCUCCGCCAGAACACCGUCAUCGUCUACAUGAAGCUGCGCUGGAUCCUCAUGCACUGGAGGCUCGGCCGCAGGGCCGACGCGGCCGACGAGGGGCUGGCCACUUAUGAGCACCUGGAGAGCAUUCCAGAAGUAGGGGCGGAGCCUGGAGAUGGAGGGGAGGAGCACAGAGACAGCGGGGCGGACCAGGAGGACAUGGAGUGUCUGCAGCCCAUAUGGGGAAAAGUCCCGGACCCUGGACCCUUUAUACCAUCUCCUGAAAGAUUCCAUUAUCAGAAACAGGUGGAGGACAGCAGGCGGGUCCUGCGUGCCCUACGUUCUCUGCUCGAGGAGCUGAGGGCGGAGCUUCGAGAGGAGGCCCAGAGCCGCUGCCAGCUGCAGCAGACGCUGGCCAAUGAGAGAGCGGCCUGGGAGAUACAGCGCGCUGAGAUGAGGAGUCGCCUCGCGCAGCUAGAGGAGUUGCGGGGCGGGGCCUCAGCAUCGGGGGGAGGGCUUGACUCCGCCCAGCGGGAGGGGCAGCAGCAGCUCCUGGCUGACAGCCAUGCGCAGGCCCUGGAGCUGCGCUGGAAGCUACAGCACAGCGAGCGCCGCUGGAGCCGCGAGCGCCGCGAGCUCCUCGAGGCCUUCGAGCGCGAGCGCCAGGAGUGGGAGCGCAGCCUGCGCAGCCUGCGCCGACGCAUGGAGAAGACCCAGCGGGAGAUACCAUUCUGCCACUCUGAGGGUUUCGUGCUGUCAGAAGGGGGCGUGACGCACAUCUUCGCCUCCCCUCAGGACAGUCCGCGCCAGGCCCCCAGGUCCCCGCGCUCCCCCCGCACGGCGCCGGCGCCGCCGACCCACUCACACUCGGACCCGGAGGCCGCUCUCGAGGAGAGGGGCGCGGCGGGGAGGGUGCGUUCCGGCGACGGGCCCCGGCCCCCGGAGAGCCUGUUCUUGGAUGCCUUGUCCCUGGACCCGCUCAGCGAGGCCGAGGUCCCUGCCCCGUCUAGGCUGGACAGCGAGAAGAGGUUCCCCUGUCUGAACGAGGCACUGAAUGAGAUCUCGGAGAGAACAGACCCUGCGUUCUAUACUGAGGACGAGAUGAGUGGUGGGAGCCUACUCAGGGCAAAGUCCGUGUGCUCCAUGAGUGACUUCCACCGUUUGAUGGACAGCUCUCCCUUCCUACCAGACAAGAGCAAGCCAGAUGAGCGUGGGCGGGACGAGGUGACCCCGCCCCUCUCUCCGGAUGACUUCAAGUACAUCGAGGAGUUCAACAACAAGGGUUGGGACCUGUCCGCUAGCCCCCUGGCACCCAUCCCGCCUCCCGCACCGCCCCAACCGGAGGCGCGGGCGGAGCGGGCGGACGCCCGGAGAGCCGACCACUCCUCGGACGCGUUCCAGCCGGCUUCCUGGUUCCUCGCCACCAGCGCCGCCCUGACCGCCGCCACCCUGAGCAGCCCAGAGCGCCGCCAGAGGCUGGCGGUGCCGGAGCCUUACGGCGUGCGCGUCGUCCACAGCCCCACGCGGGGCGAGUGCCCCGCCGCCGGACCCCCAGAGCAGGAGUACAUCCUCUCCAAGGUGGGCAAGGCAGUGGGCGAGGGAGAGGGGGAGGCCGUGUUCAGCGGGAAGUGGCCGUGCGACCUGCGAGAACACCUGGAGGGCGGGCCGCGCCCCGCGGAGCGGCUCGGCCCGCCGUGCGCGACGGCGGGGUACGCCGCCUCGCUGGAGCUGUCACGUAACCUGAGCGACGACAUGAAGGAGGUGGCGUUCUCCGUGCGCAACGCCAUCCGCUCCGGCGCGGCCGGGAGCCCCCCCGAGCGGCGGCGGCGGCGCGACGCGGCGUGCCAGACCGACGGCUUCGCCACUCGGGCCACGCAGACCGCGCAGACCGCGGUCAGCGUGGGCUUGCAGACGGACGCCCUGCGCGCGCUCACCGGCAGUCCCCACCGCUGCCUGACGCCCAAGGGCGGCGGCUCUACGCCCAUCUCUUCGCCCUCGCGCAGCCUCCGCAAGGUGCAGUACUCGCCCACCGUGCAGGCCAAGUUCGAGCGGCCCUGCUGCUCCCCUAAAUACGGCUCCCCGAAGCUCCAACGCAAGCCAUCCUCCACCCCCGCUCCCGCUACCCCGGGCCGGCCCGAGGCUCCGGCCGGCCCCGCCAGGGCGCCCCCUCUCGCAGUCAUCGCUCAGCCCCCAAAGGGCAACAGCGAGUCGGCUUGGGCGCGCUCCACGACCACCCGUGACAGCCCCGUCCAUUCCACCAUCAACGACGGCCUCUCCAGCCUCUUCAACAUCAUCGACCACACGCCCAUCACCUACGACCCUAUGCAGAAGUUCAACCGCUCACCCAGCCGGUCCCGGCCCGCCUGCGACUCCGGCUCCGGCUCGGACUCCAGAGGCGAGGCGGGUCGGGGGUGCAGGGGUCGCUCACCCAGCCCCGGCCUGCCGUUGGCGGAGGGCGAGAAGACCCCGGAGACCACCAGCAUCAGGCAGGACCUGUCGGCUCCGCCUGGCCACACGCUGGCGGAGAACGCGGCGCGGAUCUUGAACAGGAAGCUGCUGGAGCAGAGCCUCAGGGAGGAGAAACGGCCGCCCGCCGCGGCCGACGCCGACAAGUCUGGAUGUAUCGAGGACCUCCCACGAACAGCAGUGGCUCCACCCCUGGAAUCCUGCUUCCAACGGCCGUCCCGUCCCGCCAACCGCCGGCCCCCCUCCCGCUGGGCUGCGCAUUCCCCUUCCUCUUCCCCCAGCUACAAAGACCGCACAGAGAGGUUCCGCUUCCCUUCGCCCAGCCCACCCGCUCAGAUGUUCCCAGAGAAGGAGGAGCCUAGUUAGGAACCACCUCAGCGCCCUGCCUGAGGAUCUCCUCCACCAGCCAGGCACUCAGCUCCGCCCUCUCCUGCUCUCCUCUCCUUCUGUCCUUCCGCUUUUGCAAACUUCUCCUCCCUCUCUCUCUCUCUCUCUCUCUCCUUCCCUCACACUACUCUGUCCUGUUCCAGCCUGACAAACACAACCACCACCAGAGUGUUAGGACCUUCUAGGACCUUCCACAAGCACCAGCUGACCAGAGAGGAACGUUCUAGAACGUUCUGUGAGAAUUCAAAGAUCUGCACUGUACUGACUCAAAAGAACACAAACUAUUCCAACAGCGGUGCCUAAUCCUACUUGACUUCUCAGUGGUCCCAUAUAUGUGUGUCUAGGUAUAUGUAUGCAAUACAGACAGAUUUAUAUGUGUCAGACGUACUUUUUUCAGAUGUUCUGGAGAAACAAACAAAAAAGGAUAGUAAUAAUACUUGUACCAAAAUGCAUAAACGUUUCAUUUUUUCAAAUAUUUAUUUUAUGUCCUGCGUACAUAAAAUACGUGACAGAAAUAUUUUCUUAUUUUGAGCCUCCCUUUCUGUUGGUUCUACCCUUCAAUGCUUGAAUUCAUUUAAAUGGGAAAAAAAAAGACACAGUUCUGUUUUUAUUUUGUACACAGAGAAAAGAGUCUUAAGAACGGCGAGACGUUUUAUUGAGUCAGGGAUACAGGAAACACGAUGUCAACCACACGGAUGCAUUUAUUCCUCGCAAAAAAAUCUGUUUGGAUGCACAGACGGGGGGGGGGGGGGGGGGUGAAAGGCGACUGGUAGGCCUUAGGGAGGGUUUGGGAGGCAGCUGUGCACAUGCCGUAUCUGAUCUGCAUGCCAUCUGAUCCCUAGCACUUUAGUGCAUGAUAUCAGACGCUGUUGUACCUUGUGCUAUCACUAUAAUGCAAGCCAGCCCUGCACACAUGCACAAACACACACACACAUCGCUGUUCUGUGUGUGUUGGGGCUCUCUUGAUCUUCAAUUAUGUGGUCACCAAAUUUGCAUUGACACAAGUUAGUACACUUUUUAAGUCAGUUGAUGUAUGGAUUACCCUGUCUUUGUAUAGUUAUUAUUAUUCAAAUUAAAAUGUUUCUUUGAAGAAAAAAGGGAUUGUAAAAUUAUAUGGAUGUUUUAAAUUAAGUCAGUGUCUAAAGUCUGAUGAUAUAGUCUGUUUAAUUGGAUAAUAAAAUGAAUGUGUAUUUUCAAAAAAA